UCCUUCAGCCUGCGCCCGUCCGGCGCUUGGCCCUUCCCGUUGAUCGUCCUUGUCCCUCGCCUCCGGAUCCUUUCCAGUCGCCCUCCGGCCUUUCUGGGCCUCAGGGACCCGCCCUGCCCCGGCAGCUGUUCCAUCCCCGAGCAUGUCGAUGGCCCCGUUCUGUUGUGCAGCCCCCACCGCUGGCAGCCCAGGUUGCGGCAGAGCCAGCACCGAGCCAGGAACAGGGCCCAGGAGCCCUGGGAGGCAGAUUGGGCAGGAUGUGAAUUCAGCUGACAGGGCAGGAACGAUGCUAAUAGGGGGCAGGGCCUUGGGUUAUAACAGUGCCCCCUACAAACCCUGCCCCCUGCAGAACAGCGCCCCCUAGUGCCAUACUGGGGCACUGGGGCCAGCCCUGCCUGCCUGGGGAGACCCCGCCCCUGCAGCACAGCGCCCCCUAGUGCCAGGGAAGGUUCCGUGGCAGUUGGCGGUAGCUGCAGACAGGCGGGGGCAGACAAGCUCUCUGGGGCCAUGGGAUGGAGCCGCAACCAGCUCCGCACCCUAGUCCUGCAGCCCCGAUGGAAACAAGGGUCUCGAUGUCGGGAACAGGCAGUGAGGCUCCCCCUCCCAAUGGCAGCCUGGGGACCCUGCGCUGUGUGAGCGCUGGGGCCACCUGCGCCAGCCUGGCCCUGCUCCUCGUCGCCAUGGCAACCCCGCGCUGGCUCCUCAUUGACUCACCCGAGGACGGGUACCACAGCGGGGUCUGGUGGCUCUGCUCCCGGCCCGUGUGCACCAGCAUCGUCAGGGAGACGGCUUUCUUUAAGGCGAUCCGGGCACUGCUGAUCUUUGCGCUGCUGGCUUCCUGCGUGGCCGUGGCCUCUCUGCUGCUCUCCUUCAGGCCAGGCGCCCGAUGGCGGGCCUCUCACUUCCUGGUCUCAGCUGUGGCCAAUUUCAUCGCAGGGCUGCUCGUGCUGAUCAGCGUCGUGAUCUUCACAGCGCACGUGAUCCUGGGCAUCGUUAACCCACAGGCCAGGGCCUCCUUCGAAUGGGCCUUCUUCCUCUGCUGGACCCUCAGCCCCAUCUUCGUCUUCAGUGGGAUCCUGUGUUUCUUUGUCCACAGCUGCCUCCUGGCACCAAGCCGCGUGGGACCCCAGAGCCAGGACAGCCUGGACCUCGAGGCGUCGCUGACCCAGGAGGAGUCAGAGGAGGGGCCAGGGGCAGGAACCCUCCCGCUGGGGCAGACGUUGCCAGCUCAGGAGGGGCCAGAGCCGGG